GCUCUUAAAUGUGACCGAAGACUAUUUUUUGGGUGUACAUAUAAGGCUAUAUCAACUCGAUACAAGAUUUGUUUCACUCCAAAAUCACUUAGCUUUUCCCUCAAAAGUCACAUGAAUGUGCCCUUAAGUUAACUGAUUUGUGGAAUACAAAAUUAUUGUUUGAUUUAAGUUAUAAAUUUAUCAAUGGGAGCUUCGCUUUUAGCCUUGGCUAAAUCUAUAUAUUAUAUGGGUAGGGAGCUGUUGCCACAAUUCGGUCGCCAUAGCCGCUGUUGUUUGCUUUCCCAUAUUGGUCCUGGAACGUGGUUUGUAGAAGUUACUUUUUGAAGCAUAUCUCGUAUUAUACGUAUGGACUUCACUUGCAUAGCGAAAAUGCUGAUUAAAGAUAUUUGGUAAUUUUUUAGAAUGCCACUGAUGAGUGAAGUUAAGAAGCUGUAGUUUAUAGAUAUUUGUAACAGUAAGUAAAUCCAAUAAAUUAAGUAAUGGUAAUGCACUAUCUGUAUCUGGUCCAAACAAGGUGGCAAAGAACAUAAGGCGGAUAACAUGAUUUUGUUUUGUUUGGAUUUUUUUAAUUUGAGUAGUAAAUGCACUGCCCCAGGAGAUUAUCGCAUAAGAUAUAUAAGGAUAGAUCAGGUUAUAGUAUAGUUGUUUAAGUUGUAAAAGGGAGGUGCAGUGUCUGAGUUUGCCAACAAUUCCUGUGUUUCUAGAAAUUCGAGUACAUAAAUAAGACACCUGAUGUUUCCAUGAUAGCGUGUCAUCUAUAAGUACGCCGAAAUAUUUAAUGUAAGUUCUCUUUUCUAAGCCGUAGGUGGAGUCAUCAUUGUUAGUUAAUUUUACAUCCCAUGUUAUAUUUGUCUUUUUUUAGGUGACUUAAUUAUCAUAUAAUUAGUUUUCUUUAAGAUGAUGGAUAGCUUGUUUAAGUCACACCAUUCCUUAACUUUGGAUGAUUCAUGGUUAAUUACGUUUUGUAAUUCCACGGCAUUUGAGGAAGACACAAAAAUAUUGGUAUCAUCUGCAAAUAUUCUAAAGGACAAUUUAUCGGAGCAGUUAGGGAUAUCAUUAAUGUAUAGUAGAAAAAGGAGGGGACCAAGAGAACUGCCUUGCGGGAUACCACAUUUAAUAGUUUGUUUAGAAGAUUCCACACCGUCAAUGCUAACAUAUUGCUGUCUAUUGGUAAGGUAACUAGUACACCAACUCAAUGGGAUUCCCCGAACACCGCAUUUCUCUAAUUUAUUUAACAGUAUAGCAUGGUUGACAGUAUCAAAGGCCUUAGCGAAGUCGAGAAAGACUCCGCAUGUGAGUAAGUUAUUAUCUAUUGCUUGUUUCAAAUUGUCAGUGAUUUCUAGAAUGGCUCGUUCAGUCGAUCUGCCCUUCCUGAAGCCGAACUGGUAUUGACUUAAAAUGGCAUACUUUUCAACAUAGCUUGUUAACUGUUUACAUACCAGUUUUUCAAAAAUCUGUGCAAAUAUAGAAAGUACUGAGAUAGGGCGAAAGUUAGUCGGAUCAGUGAUAUCACCACCUUUGUCCACUGGAGUUACUUUGGAAAUUUUGAGAAUGUCAGGCACAAUACCUUGCUCUAUGGAAAGAUUAUAAACUUUAGUCAUUGCCUCAUAGAUGUGAUCUCCGGCCACCUGAAAGCGCUUUGCAGGGACUCCUAUACAUGACUUAUCAGUUGUUAGGUUCGUAAUUAAGUCACGCACUUCAUGCGAGUGAAUAUACCUAAACAUAAAACUGUUUGGAAAAUUUCUGGUAAUAUAUCUUGUAGGAUUAGAGUGAAUAUGAUUUGGUAGUUGCAUUGAUAAAGUUGGGCCUACAUUAACAAAAUAUGUAUUGAGCUGAUUACAUAUGCUCAAUUUAGAUGUAUAACAUUUGUUGUUAUAGACUAUCUGACUUAUUGUAGGGGAGUUUUUUCUCUUUCCAUUUAUUAAUAAGUCAAUCAUUUUCCAUGUUGUUUUCAUAUUGUCUUUGUUAAUUUCAAACUGUUCCUUAAAGUAUUUCUGCUUGGCUAAGUCCUUGAUUUUAGUAAGUUUAUUAUUGUAAGCUUUAUAAUAUUUAAUUUUAAGGGGGUCGCCAGAAAAAAAAAAAUGAGUUUUAAACAAACGCUGCUUUUCUUUAACAGAUUGAAAUAUUCCUUUAGAAAUCCAAGGUUUUCUUAAUAGUUUUCGUUUAUAUCGUGAUGCUCUUUCAAUGGGUGCAUGUUUGUUAGUCAUUCCUUCUAAUGUAGAAAUAAUUUUUGCCAUACUGUCAUUCACAUCAUUAGUAACUAAACUACAGAAAUCUACCGUGGCUAUGUCAGCUAGGUAUCUGGCUUCAUUAAAUCUUGAAUAGUUCCUAUAAUACCUGUCACCUGCGUAAUCUGGACGUUUGGUGGCUAUUGAACAAAAACAUGGCAAAUGAUCUGAGAGAUCUGCCAAGCAGAUUCCAGACUUUAAAACUUUUUGUGGUGAAUUUGAGUAGAUGUGGUCAAUGAGAGUAGCACUGUGAUCGGUUAUCCGGGUUGCUUUUGUGACAAGAGGCAUGUAGCCCAAAUCGAAUAACAUAUCAAGAUAUUCAGAAGUAAACUUAUCACUGUGAUAUUUGUAAAAAUCAAUGUUAAUAUCGCCGGCUAUGUACACUUCAUAACCGCAGUUGUUCAAAUGAUUUAAUUUCUGCCUAAGAAGUUCGCAGAAAUUUUGGGCGGUGCCGUGAGGAUGUCUAUAGAUGGAACUAAUAAUAAUACUCUUUUGCCUUUCUCUCGGUAGUUCAACAAAGCACGUUUCAAAACCGUCAGAAGAAAACUCUAAGUCCCGCCUGCGAAAAAAAUUCAGGUUUUGUUUUAUGUAAAUACCAACUCCCCCAGCAUUCGUUCUAGAAUUCACGCCAACAAAAUUGUAACCAGGUAUAUUAAUAUUGUGAAGAUGCUGAUUAUUGUCGUUUAGCUUAGUUUCAGAAAUAGUUAUAAUGCUAGGCACUUCCUUCACGGUUAUCAAAAUAUCAUUAAGCAGACAUAAAUUCUUUCCUAAGCUCCGAAUAUUACAAUUGAAUAUUGAGAAGCCUCUUGUGUUAAAUUUUUGAAAGCACGUGCCAGAUUGCUUGAUUGUGUAGUAUUUUGACUCUAUCUUUAAAUUUCCUAAAAUAUUCAAGAACUGAUCGUUUUUGUUAGGGCUUUCAAGAACGUUCUCAAAUAAAUCUCUUCCUUCAAGCGUAAGAACAGUAUCGUACACCCAUGAUCCCACAGCUUUCGCGAAUUCUCGCCUGUCUGUUAAGCCAUAAAAUGGCAGUUCCGAUAAAUAAUUCACAGUGGUGUCAAGUGAUUAUAAUUAAAUAACUUGAACAGUUAAAUUGGAUUUCAAGCUGACAAAAGUGGUGUUCCGGUCAUGAUCAGCGCGGGCCUAAAGUGACUAAAUUAAUUUCUUAAUUAAUUUCAAGCAUACGCUCUUUCAUGGCCUGUCACAUUCCUGACACGCAAUCACGGGUACAAAAUCGGAUUUGACCAGAUCUCGCCUUUGGCUUCAUCAAUAAGUAAGAGAUCUGAGUGUGAGAUUAUGAAAUCCCCCGGGAGUUUUAUAUCCUAUUAGCGCGUUCUAGGUGGCUCUAGGGUCCAUUUCAAAGAAAAAAAAAAUCACAACUGUAGAAGCAGAAAACAUGAAACGUCCGUCUGAUCCUCGAUCGAGUCUGAGAUGACUGAGAGAUCGAGAGAGACUUGCGCGUUUCUGACACGUUGGCUCGUUUUAAGCGUUUUUAAAACAAUGUAUACGAUAUUUUCCCCAAGGACGACGUAAAAUUUUUGUUACAUUCAAUUAUGAUUGAGAAAAAAAAAUCAAUCAGCGGGCUUAAAACUAUAAACUUAACGUUUCUUUUGUUCAUGAUUGUGACUUGCUUGCCGCCACGUUCAGUCCAGUCCACAGAUCGACACAAACGAAAAAUCAUGCAGCUUCGCUUUUGGCACGUUUAGAUCUAUCGCAGUCAGCUAAAAAUUGGUAUAAAAUUUCACAACACAGUAUUACAGGCACCUUUCUCUCUCAGCCUUUUGUUUUUGCUUGUGCAGUUCCAAUAACAGUAGAAAAGAAAAAUCCAACAAACAACAAACUUCAAACUGGUCUGAUCGAAGAGGCACCGCGUUCUUGCACGUGAUUACUUUAGUGACAGCUGAUUGGUACGGUUCUGACAGUUCCUAGCUUAUUUCUCAAAUAAAGAUUAUCGAAACCAUGAAACUGUUCUCAGCGAAACUACUAGGACCAAAUUAGGCACUAGGAGACUGUGAACUUCUUUUUUUUCUUUUUAGGCAAACUGUUGAACGUAGACGUUUAUUUUCAUUUGUGAACCAGGAGGACCUGCAAGGUUCAAGAAAAGGUUCACCCCAGGUGCACCUUUUCCAGUCCUAUGCAAGGUCAAAAAGCUCGAAUAAAAUCGCUUUUGAUUUUUUAAUGUUCAGCGAAGCGAGUGAACAACAGAGAAUCAAACAUAGCCAGAGGUCGAAGUUAUUCAUAGCAAUUCAAUUUAAACCUGAAAAAGGCUGUGCUGUGCUCCCUUGAAAACCCCCCAAUUUUGUGAUCCUCCCAGCCGCUCAUAAGCAAGGGUUCCUUCGCUAUUAUAAAAUUUUAAUCAUGUGGCCGUGACCUCGACCUUUCAUAUGGAGCUCGUGAACUAUUGUUUUGACACCAGAUAUGCCGAUAUUAUGUCGUCACGUUCAGGUCUAUACCCUCGGGAGGCUUUCCAUAGACUAGCCUCCCCGCAGACGUCCUUUGGGGUUCGUUCGUCACGCAUUCAUUUCUCCCCCACGGAUGGUUUUUCUUACGAACGAGUAGCUCAAUUUAAUCUGGAGUGGUUCUUUAGUAAGUUGGAUUCCGGAUUCCAAUCUUUAGUAGGAUUCCGGAUUCUUGGUGCUGGAUUCCGGAUUCCAAAGCCCAGGAUUCCGGAUUCCCUUACAAGGGGCGGAUUCUUUUUUAUUUAUUUUAUUUUACUUAUUUAGUCACUCACAAAACCUUAUACAACAUGAACAAAAGUUGUUAAUUAAAUUAUAA